AUGAAUGCAAGUAUUUCUUUGCAGAGGGAGGACGGGACCUAUAAAAAUAUGGAAAUCCUAAAAUACCAAAAUCCUGAAUUUCUGAAAUCCUGGAAUACACUGGAUGAAAGGAAUAUCGUGUGUGACGACAUGAUUAUUUGUUUACACUUUUAA